AUGAAGAAACUAUUCCUGAUUAUUUUUUCAAUGUUCUUUGUGUUCAAUUCAAUUGCGGCCAGACCUGCAGACCCUAACUUCGACUUGCAGUUAGACGAAAACGGAUUUCCAAAAGGCUGGUUUUUUGGAAAGUGUGACGGCUGUAGAAUACAUAACAUAGGAAACGGAGAAAACAAUACUAAUACAAUUUACAUAAAGGAUAAAAAAUGA